UUCACCAGCUUUGCCAGUAAAGAUUGGUAAAGAUGAAGAUGGCCGCUGAGGUGAGGUGGCUCUUAUUAUUUCACGUGUUCUCUUAUAUUUCCGCCGAUUUAGGGCAAACACCGCAUGCUAAAUUUGAGUACAAGUACUCCUUUAAGCCACCGUACCUAGCGCAAAAGGAUGGUAGCGUACCUUUCUGGGAGUACGGCGGAAAUGCAAUUGCCAGUGCGGAGAACGUUCGAGUUGCUCCCUCGAUGAGAAGUCAAAAAGGUGCUAUAUGGGUAAAGCAGCCAGUGAAUUUCGACUGGUGGGAAGUUGACCUAAUAUUCAGAAUAACAGGAAGAGGAAGAAUCGGCGCCGAUGGCUUGGCAUUCUGGUACACCAGUUCCAAGGGAGCUUACAACGGAACCGUUUUCGGUAGUUCAGAUCAAUGGAAUGGUCUUGGGAUAUUCUUCGAUUCCUUCGAUAAUGAUAACAAGCACAACAACCCAUACAUCAUGGCAGUGAUUAAUGAUGGGAAAUAUUGUGAAAUUUUUUACAGUGACGGUACAACGCAGUUGGCUGCCGGUUGCUUGAGGGAUUUCCGCAAUAAGCCUUUCGCAACCAGAGCGAAAAUCGAGUAUUAUCAAAACGUACUAACAGUGCUGUUCCAUAAUGGUAUGACAAACAAUGAACAAGAUUAUGAUAUAUGUUUCCGAGUUGAGAACGUUGUUCUACCAAAGGGAGGAUACUUCGGCGUGUCAGCAGCCACUGGUGGUUUGGCCGACGAUCAUGAUGUCUCACAUUUCUUGACGCACUCCUUGAUACCACCUGGUCAGUUCAGUUCAACUGGGCAAAAGCUAUCUGUGGAAGAGCAACAAAAACUUAGCCAGGAAUAUACAGACUAUCAGAAGAAGUUGGAACUACAGAAGGAAGAAUACCGCAGGGAUCAUCCGAAUGAGCAACGGGAGAAAGAGGAGUUCGAGGAAUACUUCGAAACNUUC